AUGGCCUAUAACCUUUGUCUUCUUCUGGCCCUGAUUUGUGUCCUUUUUAUGGGUCAGCAUUGUUGGGCAGCUUCAUCGGCCGAUGAUUUGGCCAAAUUCGGGGAGAUGGAACGAUCCAUCAAGGAGCUGACCAGUUCCAUCCUGGCCAUGAGUGGAGCUGCUCCCGGCAUUAGACCCGCGGCUAACAAUGUUUGGCCCGAAGAACUUCAGGCCUAG